GAAAUAAUAUUCAGCAUGGCUUUGAUAGGCCUAUUAUUGGCAGUGUUCUUGAUUAUCAUUCUAGCAUGCCUUUCUGUUUAUAAAUAUGUCAGGGCGGGCGGUAAAUCUAGUACUGCUGACUCCCAAUGGUCCUGGAUUGCGAUGUUUUAUAGGCCCCUUUACCCUGUGAAGGUGAAUUGUUGGUUUUGUUCCACGGACACGGUUGUUCCUUAUGGGAACAAGAACUGCUGGGAUUGCCCUGUUUGUCUGCAGUACAAUGGCUUCAAUAAGGAUGGGGACUACAACAAACCCAUUCCUACUCAAUAUGAUGGGGACUUAAAUCACCCUGUUUCCUGUGUACAAAGUGACUUCAUCAGCAAGAACGAUGUCCUGUGUGAAAAAUGUUCUAGAAACCAGUUGUUGAAAACCAAGCAGUUGGCAGCCUUUGUUCCUAUGAAUGAGGCUAAUUUUGAUGCAGAAGUAACUGCCUUUGAGGGAUAUUUAGAAAAACUCUACAGGCUGUGUUCAGAAUGUCAGACAGAGGUCAACAAGGAAUUGUCAAAACAAGACGAUAUUCUACAACAGAAACUAGAAAAUAUCUACACUGAAUGUUCACCAUUGUCUUCAGAAGUUUCACAGAUUCAAAUCCCUGAAAAAUCUGUCCACUUGCAGUUAGUGAUUGGCCGUAUCAUGGAGGCAGUUUCUACAGUGUGCGGUCUCCUACUGUUGCUGUCUUCUGUCAGCCAUUUUGCAGAUUUCAAGGACAGCGAAUACCACAGAUAUGUUGAAACUUUCAUGGUCAGCUUUAAGGAACAUAGAAAACUAAUUGGAAUGGUUGGAUUAGUGACAAGCAUUGUUGGUAAAAUUACAAUAGGAAAGGACAGAUUGCGUCUCCCAGAUGCCUUACAAAUUCCACUGUGGCUCACUGCACUCUGUAUCCAGCAAGAAAGCGACAGCAUGUCAAGUCUUUCAACAGCAGAACCAAUAGUCCUACUGUGUAACGUUAUUGCCUCCGCUUUCUGUCUCUUAUUGUGGAGGAAAUCCAGAACGUCACCGAGUAUUAAUAUACGAAGGCUUUCAUUAGAUGUCAGCAAGUCCUCGUCUUCUCUGUCCGACACCUCCAAAGGCAGUGAAUUGUAUUCAGCCAGUCAGGUGGGAGGAGACCUGGAAGAGGAGGAGCUAGAGAUCAUCGAGGAGGAUCCAGAAAAUUUAGAUGACACACUGUCAGAGCUGGAGGCAGUGUCACUGGGACUACCUGCUUCCAGAAUCCAGAAAAAUUCAGGACUAUUUACCAGUUCUUUCACAAACUCUAGUCGAGCACCAUCCAAUUUCUCAAGCUCAUCUACAGCACAGGCUCUCAGGGAGAAACGUCCUUUAAUCAGUCCAGCUAAACUCGGAUUGUCCAUGCAGCAGAGGUCUUCAACGCCAACAAAAUUCCAAGUGACAACCACAAGAAGUCCCUUCAUUGUAAAUCAACGUCCAUGUCUACUUCCCAAAUCCGUGAAUCUCUUUCCACCUCAGUCUCUCCAAAACGGAUUACCAAAUGGAAGCGCAGUGUUGACUGCUAGCCCUAGCUUUACAGUUCCCAGAUUGUAUAGUAGCAGUACUAGGAGACUCCAGGCACAACAGCUGCCACAGCGUGAAGAUUCAGAGAAAUAUUCAGACAAAAGUGAGGCUAGCAAGCAGACAUCAGAUUGUUUAGUGGACAGCACGACCAAGCACACAGCAGGGUUUUCUAUUGGUCUGGAUGCUGCGGGAAAGACCACGUUGUUGUACCGGAUAAAACUGGGAGAAGUCAUAGACGCUCUACCAUCCAUAGGUUUUAAUGUUGAGACAAUACAACACAAGAACACUAGAUUCACGGCGUGGGACAUUGGUUGUCGGGAGAAAAUGCGACCACUGAUUCGCUUCUACUAUAAAGGUACUGAUGCCGUCAUAUUCGUCCUUGACCGAAGUGACGUGGAAAGAAUGGACGAGUUGUACCAUGACAUAAUCCUUCCCGCCAAUCUGUCACCGGAACUUGACCAGGCAGUGUAUCUCAUCCUGGCCAACAAGUCAGACCUUGAUGACGUCAUGUCAAUGGAGGAUAUUGCAGAAAAGCUUAAGCUGAAUCAGCUUAAAAGAGUCUGGAAUUUAUUCCCUGUAUCUGCGAAGACAGGAGAAGGAAUCGAAGAAGCAUUUGAUUGGUUAGUUUCUCAGUUGGGAACAUCUCAAACCAAGAAAGUCACAACGGGUGCCGUGGCACAGGAUUCAAGAAAUCAAAAUCAGAAAUUUGCGUAUGGAAUGGAACAAUGUACAAGAGCGUUUACUUCUCUGAAGUGGCUCUUUAUGAAAUCUAAUUCCCAGGAGUCGGUGACUGAUGCCGACACAGAGAUAACGUAAAUAUGUGUACAGUACCCCCCCCCCCCCCCCUCUUCCUUAUAUGCCAUUGUUAAUUCAAGAUGAUAAUUAAACAAAUAUUGAAUUAACCACAUUGAUGUUGACACCUUGAAAUAUACAGUGUAGUUCCCUUAGAAUUACUGAUUCAUUAUUUGCUAAGUGCCAAACAAUGUUGUGAGAGUUACUAAUUUAAAUUUGAGGUGUACCCGAAUACCCGCGACGUAAUGAAAAUAAAUGACGAUGUGGACAUAUAUUUCCAAUGGAUUGUGAUGCAGCUAUUUCAUCCCCUGACUCGCUAGAAGUAAGGGAGUGGUAUUUGAUGAUUUCUCAACAGAUAUGUUCAUAUUUUCUAACUUGCCUUUCUCUUUAUAUCGAGCAGAUAGUACUCUAUUGAAAGGAAAGACUAAUGCAAUUGUGCAAGUUUAAAGGGGCAUUAGCUGUCAUUUUGCCAACAACAAAAAACUGCAUUCAAUGAAAAUUGCUCAAUAUAAUAUAUUUCAGUAAUAACACCACUAUUUAAUUAUUUCAAACACUGUUUAAUCUCAAUGCAGACACAUGAAUGAGUAAUUUUGGUGAUUGAAUAAUUAUUGUCUUGCAAGACAAUGACUCUUCCUUAUGUAUUUCUUUACACUAAAAGCGGUUAUCUAACGUAGUUUUAUUAGUGUUCUCUUGUUUUUGUAUAAAAUAAAUGUUUUUAUUAGUCAUCAACAUAUAUUCCUAUGCAACUGAGAGAUUUUGAGAACAUAUUGUUGCCAUCACUUUCACAGCUAAUGCCCCUUUGAAACUUUUAAAAAUAUAUAUAUAAUCAAGAUUUUAGUAAGACAUGGUUCAACCAUGGUGCUGGUGCAUUAAGAAAGACAGCAUAUUUUAACACAUUCGGAUGUGUGAAUUUCAACGUUAAUAUGUAUUUUGCCAAUGGCGUGUACAUGAGUGUACAUGUGUAUUGGCAAAGUAAUUUUAAAACUUUUUUAUAAAAAAAAUAUGAAAUCAAGAUUUUGUUAAGACGCAGUCCAACCAUCUUGUUGAUGCAUUAAGAAAGACAGCAUAUUUUAACAGACUCUGAUGUUUGAAUUGCAACGUCCAUGUGUAUUUUGCCAAUGACGUGUACAUGUGUAUUUUGCCAAUGACGUGUAUAUGUGUAUUGCCCGUGGAGUGUACAUGUGUAUUGCCCGUGGAGUGUACAUGUACACGUGUAUGUUAGUAUCAUAAAGCUUUUGUUUGAGUUAUGUCAAAUGUUGCUUGUUAUGUGGUUGAAAAUAAAAAGUAGACAGUC